GGCUUGUGAUCAGAAAACUAGUUUUGUCGGACGAAACUUUCAUACCGUCACCAUGGUCGAUUGGACAGAUGCUGAGCGCUCCGCCAUCAUUUCCCUGUGGGGAAAGAUUGAUGUGGGUGAAAUUGGACCCCAGGCUCUGACCAGGCUUCUGAUUGUGUAUCCAUGGACUCAGAGACACUUCACCACAUUUGGCAACGUGUCCACCAAUGCCGCCAUCCUCGGAAACCCCAAGGUGGCCCAGCACGGUAAGACCGUGAUGGGUGGGCUGGAAAAUGCCGUGAAGAACUUGGACGACAUCAAGAACACUUACGCCAAGCUGAGCGCGAUGCACUCUGAGAAGCUCCACGUGGAUCCUGAUAACUUCAGGGUUCUGGCUGAAUGCAUCAGCGUGUGUGUGGCUGCCAAGUUUGGAAAACAAGUCUUCACCGCUGAUGUCCAGGAGGCCUGGCAGAAGUUCCUGUCUGUGGUCGUCUCUGCCCUGGGCAGACAGUACCACUGAGGCUCUGGAGACGCAGUUCACCUUCAAAUAAUUUGCAGCAGUCCUACAAAUCCAAACCAAAAUGCCUCAUGUUCUGCUUUGUAGCUGUUGCCAAAUACACCAAAUAAAACCCAAAUUAUAAGUA